GACUUUGCAAAGUCCAAGGUCGAGAUUGAAAAAUGUUUGAAGCCGGGAGGGUUGAUGUUGUGGAUUGAUGGGGAUUAUCAUGUUAUUUCGGAGGAUCCGCAUGUGUAUAUUCCCCUGGCGAGUGAGAUCAAUCCAGAGGGGUGCUAUCUCGGCCGCAUGUUUUGGGAGAUGAGGAGAUGUGCGGUCAAGGUCGGACGGAGCGAUCUGUUUACCAUGACAGACGAGCUCAAAGUUGGCCUAUGGAAAGAUCCUCUCUUGGAUCCGGAAACCACCUCCCAGCUUAUAAUGAGCACCAUCUUACAAUCUCGUUCUAGGUACAUGGCCAAAAGACCCGGAUGUAAACCAAUCCCAAAAACUAAAAUUGAUGGGUACUCUGAUACGGCAAGAUGUUUUGGGGAAGAAACAGAAGAACCGAUGCCUCCUUACCCGUAUCUGUUUAUCUAUGAUACUGAAGAGCAGAGACAUGAAUCUCAAGCGAAACUGGACAAGA